AUGGCCUCUCCCAGUCUCCCUGCGCUGAAAGCAUACCGCCAGAUCCUCCGGGCCACCCGUAUUGCCUUCCGAGAUGAUACUCGAGUGAUGCUCGCUGCUCGUCAGGAAGCCCGCCGCAACUUUGACCAGAACCGCCGCGUAGGCAUUGACACCGGCAUGCAAAUCAACCACGCCAUUGAGGUUGCCAAUAUCCUCCGCCACAACCUUGUGCAGGGUGCACGAGAGGACGGCGACGAGGCUGCCAAGUGGGAACUUCGAAUCCACGACGACAUCGAGCGCGGCGACAAUGAUUCAAUCAAAAUCGGCAACAAGAACGUGAAGAUCCACAAAGCCUGCUCGUCAUGA